GGAACUUUGGUUUGACGCAUCCCACAUCUCUUUUGCUCACUUGCGCCUGAUACCACAAACCAAUUACGAGAAUGAGUAUGUGCCUCCAAAACCUACCCUCGCGCCAUGGUGUGCGACCAUUCCAGUCCGUUCACUGCGUGCGCCACACGAUUGGUCGCCUUCCUGGCUUCCUGCGCGUUCGCGCUUCGGGCGAGCCCAGCGCACCUACAAAGCCGAAGCCAAAGCAGUCGUUCAACAUCAAGGGUAAAGAGGAUGCGGUGCAGAUGCGGGCUGAGGCCGAGGCUCCAUUCCGGUCGCUCCGGAUGGUGCUGUGUGGCUUUUCGGUGGUCUCCGCUGGCUUGGGUUUCCUCAUCUCCAUCCCCCAGCUGAUUGGGGCGCUGGGGGGCGCCCGCAGCGCUCUGCCGCUGGAGCAAGUGGAGCAGAACCUGGCCAUUAACGCCGCCGCGGUCGGCAUAUUCGCUUACUUCUUCUACCAGGAUUGGAAGGCCCGGGAAAAGCAGAUUGCCCGCCUCACUCGUGAGGAGACGCUGGGGUCACUGCCCAUCCGGCUCAGCUCGGGCAAGAUGCUCUCGCUGAACGACCUCCGCGGCACGGCGCGUGUGGUGCUGGCGGCAGGGACACGUGCGCAGGUUGCGGCGGCGCUGCGCGAGGCGGAGCCGUUGCGCGAGGAGCUGCAGAAGCGCGGCGUGCUGGUAGUGCCGCUGCCCAUCUUUGAUGACAGCGAGGCGGAAACGGCGGCGGCGGCCGAGGCGGCGGCGGCGGGCACAGCCAACCGCGACGUGCUGCCGGCGCUGACGCUAGAGGACCAGCGCUGGCGCGCGGAGCCGCUGCGGCUGGCGGACUGGAAGUCCUGGUUUGAGCAGCAGCUGUCGUUCAGCGCCAAGGCCAAGCCGGAGAACGGGUUGUUUGUGGGCCUGCGGCUCGAUGGGCGUGUGCGCUCCAGCGGCAGCGGCAGUCCGCCCUGGCGGCGCUACGCACUGGAGCUGGCGCCGCUCGAGGGCGACAAGGCCUGGACCGGCUUCUUCGACGGCUUUGAUGGCCGCGUGUAGGCGAUACUACUUGAACUCCACGCUGUGAUACACUGGUUGUAUCAUUUGAGCAAGGCAGGCGGUGUGGAACUUUAUGGUGCGCAGCAAGGUGCGCAUGUGCGUAGAGAGACGGGCAUUGUGGCAUACGCGAAGCCACAGAGGUGUCGGCUCUGAGGCCGCCAGGCAUGUGUGGGAGUUCUUUCGCAGCAGGGAUGCAGAAAUCAAGCCUUGUGGCCACCCAUUUUUGUAGCCUUAGGCGGGGGGACCAGCAUACUGGCGCAAACCGCGACUGCUACGUAUUAGUAUUUGUUAAUGCCUAUUGCAUGUAAAUAGGCGGCGGGGAAAAUUCGGGCGGAGCGAGAGGUGCCUUCGCACGUCGGCGUGGGGCUGAGGGUGCACGUGUUGAUUGGCGGCGAGUGACGUGACUAGUUUGUUAGCUGCGGGUUAGCACGGACUGUGCACCCCACCCAACCGGCCAUGUCCGGAUUUGCGGGGAUGCCAAAGGCCCCCAACAUAGAGGCGUGUGCUUAGUAGGCGCCCGCGUCAAGGUGGCUGGGUUGAUAACGACCCGGGAUCAGCCCUUUUCCUGCCUACCUAAGGCAGCGACCUCCUUGUUGUAGGGUCACGUUAUUAGGCAUAAGGUGAUGUGCAAUCGACUUGUGAAGCAGGCCUUCCUGUGUGAGACGCACAGUAGAGGUAUCUGUGCUGUUUUUGCAGCGGCGGAUCUGCGGGGCUCGAUGACUACGGCAGUGUUGCCCGUUGGCCCACCAGACCUGCCCAGACACACGCUGGUCUCAGGGCCUGCGUUCUUGAUCUUGGGGCGGACCAGACACAGCUGAUGAUGCAUUUAUGUGGGCACGGGUGGGAGCCACACACAUCGGGACUACGCUUUCCUGCCCCUUGCCAUGUUCCAUCACGAGCUGAUGAUGCGUUCUGUUCAGGGCAUUGCCCUGCGUGGAAUUGCGCUCUGAUCUUGUUGCUGUCGCCGUCUGCUUUGCAAGCGCGUGCUGCGGAGCGUGA